UCAUUUUCGUUAUUAUAGCAAACAAAAACACAAACCCUCCCUUAAAGCAUGUGUGGCGGUGCAAUCAUCGCUGAGUUCAUCCCUCGCCAUCGUUCUCGCCACCUCACAGCCUCCGAGCUCUGGCCCAACACAUUCGAAGCACGGCAACAACAACCCCCUCUCAAACCAGUUAGGGAUGGGCCAGCCCCCCCAAAGAAGCAGAGAAAAAACCUGUACAGAGGGAUAAGGCAGAGACCAUGGGGCAAAUGGGCUGCAGAGAUUCGUGAUCCAAGAAAAGGGGUUCGUGUCUGGCUUGGCACCUUCAACACUGCCGAAGAAGCUGCUAGAGCCUACGACAGAGAAGCCCGAAUAAUCCGUGGCAAAAAAGCCAAAGUCAAUUUCCCCAAUGAAGAUCAAUAUUCCAUUAAAGCUCCAGUUAUUCCACCACCCCAUCAAAAUCCUCCCUUCUAUCAACAACAAGAAUACGUUAGCAAAAGUCUCAACUUGGAGUUCGGUUAUGAUCUGAACCAAGCUGGGCCAGAUUUUGCUUCUGUUGAUGAGAGAUGUGGGUAUGGAUCUGCGUCGGGGUCUGAAGGUACUUACUCCACGUCGGAGUUACUGGGUGAGGAAACAGAAGUGAAAGUGUUGGGGGUUGCAAGUGAAGAGGAAAAGAACAAGGUGGAUAAGCUUUCGGAGGAGUUGAUGGCGUACGAGAACUACAUGAGGUUUUAUCAGAUUCCGUAUUAUGAUGCCCAGUUGGCUGCGCCUAAUAAUACCGUUCAGGAAAACGUCGUUGGGGAUCUUUGGAACUUUGAUGCUGAUGCUGAGGCUGUUACUUCUUCUUCAGCUCUCUGAUUUGGUGUCGCACUGUAAAUUGUUUAUCAAACUGUGUGCUGUUGUGUGUUU